GACAGCGACUAUUUUGGGCCCUACAACAAACUUCAUAUACUCUUUCCCCCUGCCAGCGAUUUCGCAGUCGGGCCCGCGUUCUUCCAGGAUUCCCCACAGGCUCCUGUCACCGCCGUGUUCGAAAUUUUUCUGGUGGACAAACCACUUUUAAUCCUGGAGUUGAGGGUUCCAAGCUACCGUGAUCUUCCGUCAACACGUCAGGUGGUGGACGAGGAGAUCAGGAAUCGCAUGCACGAUAUGGCUGCCGUCCUGCCCUUAGAUACACUCCAUGCUAUCAGUGCGUUGGGAACGAAGUUAUGCUUUUACAGCGUAGACACGCGGUGUAGCUCUGCAGAGAUUGUACCUGCUGCCAUCUCACACCACCCUACCGAGAUGAACGACCCUGCACCGGCUGAUCGUUGGGAUUGUGACAUCUUGGAGCCUGCUGGUGAGGAGCGAUUGCGUCUCACUGUAAAUCGGAUCAUGGAGGAGUGCGCGGCUCUCAACAUGUAAUGGUUGAUUCAGCUGGGCAUGUGUAUGAAAGGGUAUGUAAUAAUGCAAAUUGGAUCAAUGUGUGGGGAUGGAUGUGUCCUUUCCUUCGAACUGCUCAACGCGCCGCGUUUGUUCUUUGCACACCCUCUUAUAUCACUCUCGUAUAAAUGGCAUCCUCCUGCCCGCCCUCAUCUCCUGUCUCCCCUCCUCACCCAACACACUGUGCCAAAUCGAAACGCCCAAGAGGACAACUCGAAAUUAGAUGGGUGCCCGUGCCGGGGAUGCGAAUGGGGACGUCGCCCAUGAGGUCUGGUACCAAGUGUUGAAGAGGCGGAAGGGGAAAUAUAGGGCCGGAGCAUCGAGCUGAGUCCACCCCUUCAGUCAUUUUUGAGUUCUUCACAGCACUGACUGUAUCACU